GCAGGACGCACCGAAGUACGCUCUUUCGGUGAGACCGCAAAGGGCGGGUCCUUGAAAUGUGCAGACCCUAGAUUGGGACACGGCCAUUCUGUCUAUGAGUAUUUCCGGGUCGAAGAAGAAGGAGAAGGGCAGUAUUUCCGGGUCGGUCAUCGCUGAGCUGGCUGUAGCACUUACGGCUCUGUAACGGUGUUUUGUCGGACUUGUAACGGUGUCUCGGUGAUGGGGGUCUGUGCGGGUCCGUGCGGGUCCUUAUUGGUCUGCCUGAGCCUGCUUGUCUAUUUGCCCCCUCUGACCGCAUGGGACGCGGAUCUGGAGCUGCUGGACUUGGUGGAGGAGAUCCCACAGACCUUCUACCAGUUCCUGUCCCUAGACCAGGAUGCCUCAGCAGCAGAAAUAAAGAAGGCAUAUCGUCGGCUGUCUCUCUCUCUGCAUCCUGACAAGAACAAAGAUGAAAAUGCUGAAACUCAGUUCAGACAACUGGUUGCCAUUUAUGAAGUCCUGAAGGAUGAAGAGAGACGACGCACGUACGAUGACAUCCUGGUGAAUGGGCUUCCUGAUUGGCGGCAGCCGGUCUUCUACUACAGACGAGUGAGGAAGCUGAGUAAUGCAGAGCUGGCUUUCCUCCUCUUCUUUAUUCUCACUGUGGGACACUAUGCAGUCAUCUGGUCCAUAUACCUAGAGAAACAAUUGGAUGAGCUGCUGAGUAAGAAAAAGAAAGAGAAGAAAAAAAAGCUGAUCUCGAGACCUCCAGAGGAUCUCAGGUGUAUCAGCCAGGACCGGACUGACAGAGUUCAGGACCGACCUCACUGGCAGGACAUCCUCCCUCUGAAGCUGAGCAUCUGGCUUUACCUGUCCAUCAAAAACCUGCCACAGACUGUCCAGGAGGUGAAGCAGUACUAUGAGGACUACCAGCAGAUGAAGCAGCAGCAGAGAGAAGAAGCUGAGGCUGAACAGGAAUUUACCCCAAGGGAGAAGAAGCCAAAGGUCAAAAAGCCGAAGAUGGAGUUUCCUGUUUAUGAACCAUCAUCAGAGAAUUUGACCUGCCAGAGUUACGACCAGACAACAUCCAUCGAGGAGAUUGAGGACCAGAUGGAUGACUGGCUGCAGGACUCCAGAGCUCCAAAGAAGAAGCCUACAGUAUGGAUGGAGGAUGAGCUCAGCCUCCUCAGCAGGUUAAUGGUUAAAUUCCCUGGAGGGUCUCCUGGUCGCUGGGAGAAGAUUGCUCAUGAACUGGGACGAUCGGUGACUGAUGUGACGACUAAAGUCAAACAGAUGAAAGACAAUGUGAUCCACACACCAGGUCUGGUGAAGCUGUCAGAGCUUAAGGCACCUCUUCCUCCUGUGAGGUCACUUCCUGUUGCUGACAGUGUGGUGACUCAGAGGGGGGGAGGAGCAUGUGAAGAGGAGCAGGAGGAGGAGGAAGAGGCAGCAGUGGCUGUCAGGAGGAGAAGCAGGAAGUCUGCAGCAGAAGUGGGCGAGCUGAAGGUCAGAGGCCGUCGGCAGAAAGAUUUCGACCCAAUGGCGGUGGGGGAAGACGAGGUGGACCCUCAGGACAAUAGGGAGAAGACGGACCCUGUAAUCUGGACUCAGAACCAACAGAAACUGUUGGAACUCGCUCUGCAACAGUUUCCCAGAGGAACCACAGAACGCUGGGACCGCAUUGCGAAAGUGGUCCCUGGCAAGAACAAGGAGGAGUGUAUGAUUCGUUACAAGAUGUUGGCAGAGCUCGUUCAGAAGAAGAAACAGGCCAAAAGCUGAUAAAGGGACAUGACCCUUAACUUGGCCUCCUCCUGCUGUGACCUCCUGACCCCAGGUGACCUGUCAGGUUAACUGUCAGCAGUGUGUAUUGUUCUGUUCAGGUGAGCUGCCUCCUGAUUGGACUGACUGAUAUAUUUUUUAAUCUGUGUAACGUGGCGUCUCACCUGCUCAGCUGUGUUUUUAUAACUUGUGUCAAAGGAAGCAGGUAACUUGUCUGAACCCACCUGACCAAUGACCUCACAGCUUUAUGUGCCUUAGCUCCGCUCAGCAUGCUGUCAAUCAACCUCUGUUCAACUGAUCAAUAAAAAGUAUUUAUUAUCUCC